ACAACAACAACACAACCAUUCACUGAGUAGACAUUCAGAAGCUAAACAACGAGCAGGCAGCAGAGCAAAAUGGCAUCUCCUUUGGAAAAUUUGGAAAAUCACCUGGAAAUGUUCAUCGAAAAUGUUCGCCAAAUACGGAUUAUUGUGAGCGAUUUCCAGCCCCAGGGACAGAACGUGCUGAAUCAGAAGAUUCAAUCACUCGUUACGGGACUGCAGGAGAUUGAUAAACUCAAGAACCAGGUGGAUGUGAACGUGCCACUGGAGGUGUUCGAUUACAUCGAUCAAGGCCGGAACCCGCAGCUGUACACCAAGGAUUGUAUCGAUAAGGCACUAACCAAGAACGAGGAGGUCAAGGGGAAGAUCGAUUCCUACCGGAAGUUCAAGAGUAAUUUGCUGAAGGAACUGAGCGACACAUUCCCGGGCGAGAUCAGCAAGUACAAGGCGAUUCGGGGCGAUGAAUAGUAUUAGAAAGGGUUUCUUCCGCGAUGUGUUGAGAGAUCUAUUUGUAGGAUGUGUAUUUUUAUUAUUUUCAAAACGAAUUUGCUAUUUUGAAAUAUAAUAUUCGAAAUUAA